AUGACGGCCACUGCAACCAUAGCCUCUACGGACAUGGGGCUCCUGCUGAGAGAUGAUGUUUUUGUUGAUUUUUUCAACACAUUUCUGAAUCUUCCGGUUUUUGGCCAGACACCCAUUUACAUCAGCAGCAUGGGCCAGUGGGACCUCUGGCCAGAGCUGCCAAGCCACUUGGAACCCAGCCCCACGGCGUUACUGGCUUGGCUGGAAAAGCACCGGCUGCCUCACUUCUGCAGAUCCAGCCUGUGCCUCCACCUUGUCCUCUGCCAGAAGCUCCUGGGUUUCAUUCGGUCGGGGGAAGCAGGGGAAGAACUGACCAACUUCUGGCUCACCACUGAAAGGCUCCUGGGGCUUGACGAGUCAGACGCGAGGCAGAGGGACCUCUAUUUGUCCUUGCUCCACAGGCUGAAAGCCACUCACCUGCGUCAAGGCUCCAGCGUCAUCACUCUUUGCAGGACCAUCGUUGGGUUGCUGCCAAAAGCCAGGCACAUUCAGCCCAUCAGCACCAGAAGGGACAUCCUAAGCAAGAUGCAGGAACGGGCCCUCUUUAUGAUUCAGAGUUACUGGCUCCCUAAAUUCUUCAUCCACUGCAAGAAGGGCAUGGAGGAAGAGAAAUCAUGCUGGCCUCUGCUGCAGGAAUAUCAGGAGCGUUUAUUACAGGCCAACUCGCAGGAGCCCUCAGGCUUUUCGGAGAAUCUCUUCACGAUGCAUAUUAAAAGGAGCCAGGGUUUGUCAGGGCCCUACUGCAGCAAGAAGGCCAAAGCAGAGAUCUGGACUCUGGUCAAGGAGGGAAGAGACACCCAAGAAAUGAAGAUGCCCAGUUUUCAGGUGCAACGAGAAAGGCAGCCGGGGCCAGCUGGGAGCACAAAGGAAUCAUGUCUGGAUAAGGAUGCUUUGGGAUCGAUUACUCAGCAUUCAGAGCAUCCUGCAAACACUGCUUUUCGAGGCAAAGGAGGAGCAGCCUCUCCCAAAAGACCUAGACCCAGUGCAAAGCAGGUCCUUCAUCUGGAAGACCUCUGUGAAGAGAAAGUCCUCUCUAACUUGCAUUCCUCUGCACCCCUUGUCCAUCUGCCAUCCCUGAAAAAGCCGGUCAAGACCCUGAGUUUCCUUCCCUGGGCCCUUAGUGCUGACACCUGUGCAGGUCGGCCCUUCAGGGACUUCUUGAAGUGCCAGGACCGGCCUGUGGAGACUCAUCUCCUGGACCUGUGGCAUGACCUGGAGGAAUUUCUGCCCGUGGUGCUGGACCCCAGCAGAGAAAACUGUUUCUUUCUGUGUCAUAUGAUCGGGAAGAAGAUAUGCAAGACCUACCUGGAGGAGGGCACCAUCCAGCAGCUUCCCUUGGAGACCAGGACUCUCAGGAGCUUGCGGAACCAUCUGAUGUCUGGAGAAUUCUCCCCCUGGAUAUUCAGAGCCCAGAAGGAGAUUUGCAAGGUGCUCUGCAGCUUCUAUGAAGAAUUUCUGGCUGACGAUGACAAGACGUUCCUCCAGUCUACGUCUCUGCGGAGUGAUGUCCUGAUGCCGAAGAUGCAAGGCCAUGCUGUUGGGAAAGAUGAAUGUUUCCUCCUGUCCCAGCGGAUAAACAAAUCCUUGAAGCUGAGCCAGGCCUUGCAUGGCACGAGGAACUUGGAAGGUCUCUCCUCCAAGCACUGGCGAUUAAUUGCGACUCGGGACCUCCGGAAAGGGGGCUCCAUCCAGGCAGAGGUGGAACCUCUCCUGUGCAGGACCGACUCCCAGAAGAUGACGUCAAAUGUGCUCGCUGUUCAGAAACCCUUGCUGGCUGUGGAUAGCCCAAGCAAGGAAAAUGAGCUUCUGUGUCUCAAAAGCCCAUCACUUGGUGAGUCCAGUCUGAGCAGGCUAGAAGCAGGACACUUCAUGAAAGUACUGCACAACCCUGCCCACCUGCAGUUCUUCAAGCAGUUCCUCAAGGAGCGCAACGCAGAUGAACCACUGCGUUUCUGGAUGGCUGUGGAGAGGCUAGUUGCAGAGACCAACCCCAAGACGAAGAGCUUCCUCAUUAACAACAUUAUCAGAAAUUAUUUCCAUGCCGAAAUCCCAGCUGAGGAACAGCUGGAUUGCCACACUUCUAUCAUCAAAGAAAUAAAUGAGGCUGAAACAGUCAGCCCCUUGAUGUUGAUGACAGCACAGAUCUUUGUCCAGAAAGCAAUGGAAAAACAAUGGUUUAAAGAGUACCAGGACCUGUUCCCCCCGAGCGAUACGCAUAAGUCUAACCUUUGUUUGCAGCAUGGGAUGAGGAACUUCAUAACAGACAAGCUGCGGUGGGCCUGGUAUGCCAUUCGCGACGUGGUCAAGAGCAUCUGCAAGUUCCGGAGAGAGAUGGGCAAUGACAAAUGCCGUGCGGAGUUUGAGGAAUUUCUCCGUCGGGAACUAGGAAAUGAGGAGGAAAACUUGCCCACCAGCUCAAUGCAGAGCAGCAGCACCGUGAGCACUUGCCGCUCCCACACGGCCUCUACCAGCACCCCACCAGACAAGGAGGUGGUACUAGUGAAACGCCGCCUGUUUAACAGCCAGCUCAUUACUGUCAACUUCCUCGUCGAUGACCUCCGGUUUUAUCUGGAGAUCGACAAGUUUUCCAGGCUGGCUGAUUCAGUUGAAGCUCUGGCAGCCCGCAACAUGCAGUCAGAAAAGGAAGUUGCUUUUCUCAAACGGAAAGUCGCCAUCAUCAGCAAACUCUUCCUGAACUCUGAUAUUCCCCCCAAACUGCGGGUAAACAUCUCUGAAGAAGAGAGAGAUUUAAUCUGGAGUUUAUCUUCCAAGGGGCUACUGAACCGUGUCCUCUACCACAGGGCCAAGGUCAUCAUCUUCCCCAUCCUGAUGCACUUCUGGAGAAGGUUCUGCACCUGGAAGGUGAUGAGGAGCUUUCGGGUCUCUGCAAAGGACAGGGUGCCAAUCUCUUUGCCCAGUACAAAAACCUCUUCCGAAUCAUCUGACAUCUACAGUCCAAGCAAUCACACCGUCAUUGUCUUCACGCUCCUGAAAGGGGUCCAGAUCCUGCUGCCCCAGCCCCAGAAGAAAAUGGAGCCACUGGAGGAGCAAAAAGGCACUGAGGAAAGGACAGACCUCUGA